AUGGUGGUUUGUCGGCAGCGGCUUGUCGGUAGUGGCAGCGGCGAAGGUGAAGGCGAAGGUGGCAGUGUGGUGGAAAUCAAUGAAAACCCUCACCUCCUACCCAACAUCACCUUGGGCUUCCACAUUUACAACAGCAACUUCAUUGGAAGCUGGACCUAUCGUGGUGCCCUGGAGCUUCUUUCAACAAAGGACAAGUUCAUCCCCAAUUACAAGUGUGAUGGCCAGAACAAUGAAGUCGCUGUCAUUGGAGGACCCUAUACAAAAAUCUCUCUGGAUAUGGCAAAUAUUCUGUGCAACUACAAGGUACAACAGCUCAUCUAUGGUUCUGCUCCUACAAAUAAUCAUGGAGACGUUUUCCAAUGGAUGUUCCCUAACAAUAUACUUCAAUACAAGGGAAUUCUCCAAUUGUUGUUACAUUUUGGGUGGACAUGGAUUGGGAUGAUUUCUCUGAACUAUGAGGAUGGCGAUUGGUUUAUAGCGACUGUGGUUUCAAUGUUUGCCCAGAGAGGAAUCUGCUUUGACUUUAUUAAAAGUUUCCCCAAAAAGACAUACACUCAUGAGUUCUCUGAUAUGUUAGAGGAUGGAAAUGAACUAUAUGACACUCUCAUGGCAAGCACAGCGUCUGCUGUGGUUGUACAAGCUGAAUUUAUGCUGACUAUGAGGUUGUUGUUCUCUUAUCAAGGUCCAUCAAAAAACGAGAAAGUCUGGAUCAUGAUAGCCCAGAUGGAUUUCACUUCCACUUCUAUGCAAAGGGACUGGCCUCUACACUACAUUCAUGGUGCUAUAUCCAUUGUGGUUCACUUAAGUGACUUGGUCGGAUUUCAGGAUUUUGUUAGGGAAAGAAAUCCGGCCACCAAUGAAGAAGAUGGCUUUCUCAAGGAGUUUUGGGAAGAUGCGUUUCAAUGUGCGUUUCCCAACUCCAGUGGAGUGAAGAAUUUUGAUGGUCUUUGCACUGGGGAGGAGAAGAUAGAGACUCUCCCUUCUUCGAUUUUUGACAUGAACAUGAAUAGCCACAGUUACACCAUCUACAAUGCCGUCUAUGCUGUGGUACAUGCCUUGCAUGCUCUGUAUUCAUUCAAAAGGAAACACACAGUUUUGCCAGAUACAAGUCAACUGAAUCUUCGCCAUCAAGAAUUUUGGCAGUUGCAUCAUUUUCUGAGGACUGUCUCAUUUAACAAUAAUGCUGGGGAGCCUGUUUCCUUUGAUGAAAGUGGGCAAUUGGUGUCAGGAUUUGACAUAAUCAACUGGAUCACCUUGCUAAACCAGUCCCUCCUUAGAGUCAAAGUUGGAAGUUUAGAGGUACAUACAUCUGAAGAAAUGAAAUUCACCAUUCAGGAGAAGGCCAUUGUUUGUCCCACCAGUUUUAAACAGGUUCAGCCCCUUUCAGUGUGCAAUGAUCACUGUCUUUCAGGUCAAAGAAAAACUGUGAAAGAAGGGAAACUGUUCUGUUGCUAUGGUUGUCUUCCAUGUGCAGAAGAAAAGAUUUCAGCACAAGAGGAUGCUGAUGAGUGUGUCCUAUGUCCAGGAGAUCAGCAUUCUCUCAGCAGCUCAUCUUUGGAUGCCCUCUUACUGAUGUACUCCCGGAUACUCUGCAUCAUGUUCAAGACAGUUCAGCCCCUUUCUGUGUGCAAUGAUCAUUGUCUUUCAGGUCAUAGAAAAACCAUGAAAGAAGGGAAGCUGUUCUGUUGCUAUGACUGCCUCCCAUGUGCAGAAGGGAAGAUUUCAGCACAACAGGACUCAGGUGAUUGCUCCCAGUGUCCAGAAGGUUCCUAUGCAAACUAUAACCAGGAUUCAUGUAUCCCUAAAGAUGUACACUUCUUGUCAUAUAAUGAACCCCUGGGAGUUGUUUUGGUCAUGCUUGCUGUCUGUUUUUCUUCCAUCACAACUUGUGUGCUUUGGAUCUUUGUUAAGUACCAAGAUACUCCAAUUGUCAAGGCCAACAAUCGAAACCUCACCUACCUACUCCUCAUUGCCCUCCUGCUCUCCUUCAUUUGUGUUUCUCUGUUCAUUGGUCAUCCCAACAAUGUGAUGUGUCUAUUUCAACAACCUGCUUUUGCUAUCAUCUUCUCUGUGGCAGUCUCUUGUGUGUUAGCCAAAACCAUCAUUGUGGUGUUAGCUUUCAUGGCCACCAAACCUGGAUCAAAGAUGAAAAAAUGGGUGGGAAAAGAUUUGGCAAACUCAAUUGUUAUUUCUGGCACCUUUAUUCAAGCCAUGAUUUGCACUGUUUGGCUGACAACCUCUCCUCCAUUUCUUCAUUUCGAUGUACACUCCUUAUCUGAAGAAAUCAUCUUAGAAUGCAAUGAAGGUUCAACUAUAAUGUUCUAUUGUGUCCUGGGAUUCAUGGGGUUGUUAGCCACAAUUAAUUUUAUGGUGGCUUUCUUUUCUAGAAAAUUACCUAACAGUUUCAAUGAAGCCAAAUUUAUUACUUUCAGUAUGUUGGUCUUUUGCAGUGUUUGGUUGUCCUUUGUUCCAAGUUACAUAAGCACCAAAGGAAAAUACACAGUGGCUGUGGAGAUCUUCUCCAUUUUGUCUUCUAGUUUUGGAUUAUUGGGCUUCAUCUUUUUCCCCAAGUGCUUUAUCAUUCUGAUGAGGCCAGAACUGAAUGACAAGAAGCAACUCUUAAAGGGGAAACAUUAA